AAGGGAUGACUCUGGACUCCAUGAUGGCCUGCUGUCUGAGUGAGGAGGUGAAGGAGUCAAAAAGGAUCAAUGCCGAGAUCGAGAAGCAGCUGAAGAAGGACAAGAAGGACUCCAGGCGGGAGCUGAAGCUGUUACUGCUAGGUACAGGAGAAAGUGGGAAGAGCACAUUCAUUAAACAGAUGCGAAUAAUCCAUGGUACUGGCUAUUCAGAAGAAGACAAAAAGGGCUUUACCAAGCUUGUUUUUCAGAAUAUCUUUACUGCAAUGCAAUCUAUGAUCCGUGCCAUGGAAACAUUAAAAAUUCUUUACAAAUAUGAGCAGAACAAGGCUAAUGCGCUCGUUGUGAGAGAAGUUGAUGUGGAAAAAGUGUGUACAUUUGAACAGCCAUAUAUUAGUGCAAUCAAAACCUUGUGGAAUGACCCAGGUAUCCAAGAAUGCUAUGAUAGGCGUCGGGAAUACCAGCUGUCGGACUCUGCCAAAUAUUACUUGUCUGACGUGGAACGUAUUUCCAAGCCUGGGUACCUGCCCACACAGCAAGAUGUAUUGCGUGUCAGAGUGCCAACAACUGGUAUAGAGUACCCCUUUGACUUGGAAAACAUCAUCAUCUUUAGAAUGGUUGAUGUAGGAGGUCAAAGAUCUGAGCGGAGGAAGUGGAUACACUGCUUUGAGAAUGUUACAUCCAUAAUGUUCCUAGUUGCCCUUAGUGAAUAUGACCAGGUUCUUGUGGAGUCUGAUAAUGAGAACCGGAUGGAGGAGAGCAAGGCUCUUUUUAGAACGAUUAUCACAUAUCCCUGGUUCCAGAAUUCUUCAGUAAUCUUGUUCCUCAAUAAGAAGGACCUUCUUGAAGACAAGAUCAUGUACUCUCACCUUGUAGAUUACUUUCCUGAGUUUGAUGGUGGAGCGUUGGGUUCCUUUUCACUUCCCUUCAAUUUUCUUCUGCCUAAAGAGGAUUUUUAG